AGGAUGGAAAAUCUACGUCGUAUACAAACUACAGAUGAAGAAGAUGGAAAACAUGUGCCUUUCAAAGACCUUACUCCAGAUGUGGUAUAUAUGAAAGUGAAAGAAGGUAGCAAAAUCCGCAAUCUCAUUGGCUAUGCAAUGGCUCACAUGGGAUCAAAGAGUUCGGGACAGAUAGUCUUCAGCGCCUAUGGUCGGGCAGUGACUAAGGCUAUUACUUGUGUAGAAAUACUGAAGAGGCAAGUUGGAGGACUUCAUCAGGUCACCAAGUUGCAGUAUAAGUUCCUGCAAGAGGUCUGGGAGCAGAAGGGACCAAAUGUCAAAAACCCAGCACCAUGCCUCACUGUACAUAAGAGUUAUCCUUCUAUUUCUAUACUCCUGUCCAAAGUACCACUUGAUCCCCAGGAAGAUGGGUAUCAACCACCUCAGCCUAUACCUCAAACGCAAAGUUUAAAGAAGGCCUUUGUGGAUCAUGACAAACAUGUAAAUUCCAAAAGGAAAAAAGCACAUGAAAGUGUGGAAGAUGGUAAUGGGUGAGACUGACUUUCAAGAUGGUUUCCACACUAAUACAUCAAGAGAAACCAUGGCGUAAUCUCUGUGAAUGAGCAUCAUCUACUUCAAAAUCUUGUACAACAAGUCACAUUGGCAUGCAUGGAAAGGAAACAUGUGGCAUCAUAAGUUAUUGCAGCCAUAAUUCCCUCUUAGUUUUGGACUAGUCAGUUGUCUCAUUGACUGGUGAGAUACAUUUUUGGACUUGGAUAUGAUGUAACUGACUCUAUACUGGUCACACAAGUCACCAUUAAUAACAUAUAGACAUGUCUAAGGCAAUGCUCCUGUGGUUGCACUUUGUGCCACGUAACUUUUUGGUGAUGCAGGUGAAAAUGUCUGUGUUUCUUGUACUGUGUAUGUCUUUAGUGAGCACCGGAUGAGUCUAAGACGGUACCCGAUAAAAAUAAAUUAACUAGGAUAUACCUAAAUAGGCAAAAU